AUGACUCCAAGUACAGUUUACAAUGGAUAGAAUAGUCGUAUACCCAACGGAAGAAAGCAAGUUUAAAUUGAAGUUAGUUCCGAUAAUGUCAUAUUUAUAGCAAAUGUUAGAAGGCAUUUGAUGAAUAUCAUCAAAACACAUAUCAUAUUUCAUUAGGCUUUAUUAGUAGUUACUUCAAAUAUAGAUAAUGAGAAGAUAAGUCAUGAUAAGAAAUAUCAUCUUGUUGAAUUUGAGGAUGAUAGCAAAGCUAAGUGUAAACAAAUUAAUAUAAGAAUAAAAAUAAUCGAAGGUACUUGAACGAAUUGACUAAAUUUGAGGAUGAAUUAUAUUGUUGGGAAAAAGUGUCAAUAAAGUAAUAGUUUGAUAUUGAUACAUUAAAUAUCACUGUAAAUUAAAUUAAAUAUAGAAUGUAAGAUUUUACAAAUUAAAAAGGACCAUAUCAUCUUUUUUUUAAUAAUAGUUAAUCUGUAGCAAAAUAAUUAACCAAAUAAUUAUUGUUAGAAAACAUUUAAGACAAAAAUAUCAUAUUUCUAGCAUUGUUUGUAAAAUAACAUUUGAUUUUAAAGAAGGAAUCAUCACCUCAUUCAGCCUUAUUGGUUGCUGCCUAGAAAUUUACUGAUAUAUCUAUCAAAUUAUUGAUGUUAUAUUGUUGA